AGGUGCACGUGUCAUGGUUUGCAGUAGUUUCCAUUAACUGUUACUUGUUGGUGAGUCUCUUUUCGGGUUCUAAAUGAUGAAAAGUAUGUUGUUGUUGAGUUCUUUGUUUCCGUUAACGGGUUCUUCUUUCCCGUGUACUAUACUUGAGUGAGUAUUGGCUUCAACAUGGGCGCCGCCAAAGAAGAAUUUCUGAGAGAGUUUGGUGAACAUUAUGGGUAUCCCAACGGCCCCAAAUCCAUUGAUCAUAUUCGAGCUACUGAAUUCAAGAGAUUACAAGAUCUCGUAUACUUGGAUCAUGCGGGGGCAACUUUAUACUCUGAACUGCAAAUGGAAUCAGUUUUCAAUGAUUUCACAACUAACGUAUAUGGAAAUCCUCAUAGCCAAAGUGACUCCAGUUCUGCAACUCUUGAGAUUGUGAAGAAUGCCCGCCAGCAGGUCCUUGACUACUGCAAUGCAUCUCCCAGAGACUAUAAAUGUAUAUUUACUUCUGGGGCAACUGCGGCACUGAAGCUGGUUGGAGAGGCUUUUCCAUGGAGUUGUAACAGUAAUUUUAUGUAUACAACAGAAAAUCAUAAUAGUGUUCUUGGAAUAAGAGAGUAUGCUCUAGAUCAAGGAGCAGCAGCCAUUGCAGUAGAUAUUGAAGAAGAUAUACAUCCUGGAAUAACAGGUGAAAUAAUUUCUACAAAGAUAUCACCGCACCAGGUACAAAAGAGAGAAGUAACUGGAUUGCUGGAGGGAGAGCAAACAGGUGCUGCGUAUAAUUUGUUUGCCUUUCCCUCAGAGUGCAAUUUCUCAGGGUUUAGAUUUGGCCUAAACUUAGUGAAGAUUAUCAAGGAAGACUCAAGCAAGAUAUCUGGAAUUUCUUCAGUUUGCCAAAAUGGACAAUGGAUGGUGUUAAUUGAUGCUGCAAAGGGAUGUGCUACAAUGCCAAUUGAUUUGUCUAAGUACCCUGCAGAUUUUGUUGUUAUCUCAUUUUACAAGCUGUUUGGCUAUCCAACUGGGCUUGGAGCUCUCAUUGUUCGAAAUGAUGCUGCCAAGUUACUGAAAAAGACUUAUUUUAGUGGAGGAACGGUUGCUGCAUCAAUUGCUGAUAUUGAUUUCAUUAAAAGAAGGGAAGGUAUUGAGGAACUGUUUGAGGAUGGAACUGUUUCAUUCUUGAGCAUAGUAUCUCUCCGCCAUGGCUUCAAAAUUCUGAAUUCAUUAACUGUAUCAGCAAUAUCACGACAUACAACAUCUCUUGCCUUGUAUACAAGAAAAAUGCUUUUGGCCUUGAGGCAUGGCAAUGGAUCUAGUGUGUGCAUCCUCUAUGGACAUCAUAAUUCAAUGGAAUUGUGUGAGGAAAUGGGUCCAAUAGUUUCAUUCAACUUGAAAAGGCCAGAUGGCUCUUGGUAUGGGUACCAUGAAGUUGAAAAGCUAGCAUCACUUUCAGGAAUUCAGCUAAGGACAGGAUGCUUCUGCAAUCCUGGUGCAUGUGCAAAAUACCUUGGCUUGUCUCAUUUGGAUCUUAUUUCAAAUACUGAGGCUGGUCAUGUUUGUUGGGAUGAUCAUGAUAUAAUCAAUGGUAAACCUAUUGGAGCUGUAAGAGUAUCCUUUGGCUACAUGUCAACAUAUGAAGAUGCCAAGAAAUUUGUUGAUUUUGUUGCGAGUUCCUUCAUCUCACCUCUAGAUCACAUUGACUAUGGGAAUCAAUUGAAAGGCCUUGAGAGUUUCAUGGAAACUGGUUAUUAUCUCAAAUCAAUUACAAUAUAUCCAAUAAAAUCUUGUGGAGGUUUUAGUGCACGAAGUUGGCCUCUUAGCAUCAACGGUCUUAAGCAUGAUCGCCAAUGGAUUCUUAAAAGCUUAACUGGUGAAGUACUCACACAGAAAAAGGUUCCUGAAAUGUGCUAUAUAAGCACCUCAAUUGACCUCAGUCUGGGAAUGUUAUAUGUAGAAUCUCCAUGUUGCAAAGAAAAAUUGCAAAUCAGGCUUGAGUCAGAUGUUUAUGAUGGUGCUAUAGUGGAUGUUGAACUAUAUGGCCAGAGGUACAAGGCAUAUAGUUACAACAGUGAGAUCGAUGCAUGGUUUAGUGAAGCCGUUGGUAAACCUUGCACUUUGUUACGGUAUUCCAAUUCCAAUCAAGAUUCUGUCUUGAAUAAGAUCAAUGGUGCAGCUAGAUGUAGAGAUACAAAGAACAAACUCAAUUUUGCCAAUGAAGGACAAUUCUUACUUGUAUCUGAGGAAAGUGUAUCUGACCUAAACAAAAGAUUAAGCUCAAAUGUCCAGAAUGGCACAUCUAGAGCAAUGGUGCAAGUCAGUGCAAGCAGGUUUCGUCCCAACCUUGUGGUAUCUGGAGGCCAGCCUUAUGCUGAAGAUGGAUGGAGAUACAUUAGGAUUGGAAAUAAGUAUUUCAAUUCACUAGGGGGAUGUAAUCGAUGCCAGAUGAUCAACCUUGCACUAAAUGCAGGACAAGUGCAAAAGUCAAAUGAACCUUUGGCAACUUUAGCAUCAUACAGGAGGGUAAAGCAGGGAAAGAUUUUGUUUGGCAUACUACUGAAAUAUGCAUCUAUUCAUGGAGAGAAGCAACAAGGUGAUUCCUGGCUUCAUGUGGGGCAGGAGGUGAAUCCAGAUAAGAGUGCAAUUUCUACAUAUAAUCAUACACAAAUGCCCUCAAAUUCUUGUCCUCAAAACUCUGGGAAGCCUUUGACGUUAUAGUGAAUGUGGCUCUUUUCUUUGUUGUACAGUUUCAUAAGAGGCGAUAGGAGUAUGUUGUGUGAUGUGAGGAUGAAUAUUGGCAGAAUGCACAUUGGUUAUAAAUUUUGUAAUGUUGCAUUUGACAAUGAAAAAGUCAAUAAUAAA